GCCUUGUCGCGGUCCAGUCGUAAGUCUGAGAGCUUGCUUACUCACUGCUGCACGCUCCAGCAAGGACCCGCAAGCCACUUCUGCCUUGCGGCGCCGGCACGCACGCUUCGGAGGCCCUCGCUGCGCUCGAUGCUGCCUGCCCUCCACUUCUACAAUCUGAAUGGAUUGGCACACCUCUUGUGCUCUUCUGUCUUUCAUAAGUUCACCUUCGUACUGUGAACGUCCAAUACAUCACGUUACAGCACGUCUUUGACACUUCGUCAAAACACGCAAGACAUGCUCAUCAGCGCAUCUGUAGCAUUGCGUUCACGUUCAACCCGACUUGCGCUUCGCCCACUCCUCACCUCCAGCGGUACAAUCCGCAAAUUUUCUUCCAAACUGUCAUCCCUUCCUCGCAACUCUUCCAUCGUGUCGCCAUUGGACACGACUAGCAACACCGCCUCCCGCAGACUCUCUCCGCUUAUCUCCCACCUCUCUCCUCUCGCUUCCAUCACCACAUCGUCGAGGGUCAACAUGCCUCCUCUUCCUAAGCCAUCUUUGGACGAGUACGAUGCCAUCGUCAUUGGCGGUGGAUCGGGUGCCAUGGGAAUGAGCAGACGUGCUGCUCAGUAUGGUGCCAAGGUGGUUGUGAUUGAGGAGGAUGGUCGACUCGGUGGUACAUGCGUCAAUGUCGGUUGCGUUCCGAAGAAACUCAUGUGGCACGCAGCUGACCUCGCAGAUGCAUUGCGCGAGACUCCAGAGUACGGUUUUGGGGAUGCCGAGGGCAAGCCAAUCAACGCAGAGCCCAAGUUCCAGUGGCGUUACUUUGCCGAGAAGCGAGAUGCAUACGUUCGACGUCUCAACGGCAUCUACGACCGAAACCUAGAAAAGGACAAGGUGGAGUACUUGUCUGGACAUGCCAAGAUCCUCGGUCCCAACGAGGUGGAAGUGAGCCUAAGGGGAGAUGACGGAAAGUUUGAUGCUGGGACGCACACUAUCAAGGGAAAGAAGAUCGUGAUCGCUACGGGAGGAAGACCUACCAAGCCUUCGGAGGAGCAGGUGCCUGGCGCGCACUUGGGCAUCGAUUCGGACGGGUUUUUUGCCCUCAGAGAACAGCCCAAGCGUGUCGCCGUGGUCGGUGCGGGGUACAUUGCGGUAGAACUGGCAGGCGUGUUCAACACCCUUGGAACAGAGACCCACUUGCUCAUCCGACACGACACAUUCUUGAGGAACUUUGACCCCAUCAUCGCCGAAACGCUUCAAGACUACAUGAGCAAGACGGGGUUGAACGUUCAUCAAAAGACUAACAUCAAAAAGGUGGAAGGAAAAGAAGGAGGUCCUUUGACGUUGCAUCUGGACACUGGGAAGACGCUCGAAGUCGACACCCUUCUCUGGGCUAUUGGUCGCAGACCCAACACCGACAACUUGGGCCUCGAAAGCGCAGGCGUGAAGACGGAUGACAAGGGGAACAUAGCGGUUGACGACUAUCAGAACACCAACGUGCCUUCUAUUCACGCACUCGGCGACGUAGCUGGCAAGGCGCUCUUAACGCCCGUAGCUAUCGCGGCUGGAAGAAGGCUGUCCAACCGACUGUAUGGCGGACCGCAAUUUGCAAACGAUCGCCUGGACUACAACAAUAUCCCAACCGUCGUCUUUAGUCAUCCCACCAGCGGUACCGUCGGUCUGACGGAGCCGGAAGCAAAGGAAAAGUUUGGCGAGGAAAACAUCAAAAUUUAUACGAGCAGGUUCACGUCCAUGUACUUUGGCAUGCUGGAACACAAGCAGCCUACGGCUUACAAGCUCGUUUGCGCUGGCAAGGAGGAGAAGGUCGUUGGGGUUCACAUCAUUGGCCUGGGGAGCGACGAGAUCAUGCAGGGCGUGGGCAUCGCUGUCAAGAUGGGAGCUACCAAAGCCGACUUUGACAAUACUGUCGCUAUCCACCCAACCUCCGCCGAAGAGCUCGUCACGAUGCGUUGAGCUUGUUCCAAGCAGCUUUGCGCAAUGUUAAAGUUCGGAGAUCGAAAUACUGAUCGUGAGACUACUCGCGACUAUGACAGUUCACGUUUGCUCGUUCGCCUGAGAUCUGAGUGAGGCCGUACGCUCUCAAGGUCGCGCCCGCUCUUUCUAAAGGCACUACAUAAGACUUGCACCCUCGAUAGGCCCACUGGCGUUUGAGUCGGAGUAGUGGCGACGUUUGCACCAUUUACAACACGUAAGCAC